AUCGCCGUUAAAAGAACACUUUAAGUUAUAUCGAUGUCCUGAUCGAGAAUCCUCCUUUUUUUAAAACCAUUUAUAUUCAGGUCAGGACAAGCGCUUUCAUUUUGUGAGGUAAACCACGAGCAAGAUAUGUCAUCAGGACAUCAAUCUGGGUAUUAAAACACUGUUCGUCCGCCGGGCCCGAUAUAUUCUGCCUCAAGAUAAUCUUUUGAAUACAAGUAUUUGAACCGCACUCUUGCAGCGCCUGUUUCUACACAUGUCGACAUAUUUUGUUUACCGCAGAUAUGAGGGAGUUCUGUAGUCGUUCACUGAUUCCUCCACCUUCAGUCGAAAUACCGUACCGGGAAGGUUGACCGCAUUCCUUAGGACUGUAUGAGAACAGUGUUGAACGAAGCGGGAUUGCUGAUAAACAUGUAGGCUGAAAUUAUGCGAACUAUUUUAUCUGUCUCAACCAUCGUUCGGUUACAGCUGCCCUGUAAGAUACGCCUCCUUGGGAAGCAUGGACUAGAGAUGGAAUAGAGUGGGACUAGAGAUAGAGCAGCCAUCUCAAACCUUCGCCGAAUUGGCCAUAAAAGCCUACAAAGACCAAGAAGCCAGAUAAACUUGAUUGACAGUACUUAACCACGAUUCCUCAUAGGAACGGACAUGUACUACCUAAGGACGACGGACUGUGUUCGAGAAGAUUCAGCCCUUUCAACCUACCGACUCGUAUUUGACUACUAGCUGAAUUCAGCUGAAGCACAAAAGGAUUGAGGCUUUUCACUGGCAACACAAAGGUGUCCAGUAGUCUUCCAGAAGAAGCAGUUAACAGCCAAGUGAAAGUCGUGGUACCAGCUUCGACUCAUUCGGUGUGUUAUCAUCUUUGUAUCGGUGGCUUUCGAUAGGUCGACAGACACUUCUCUGAGGAAUCCAUUUCUGAUAGCUGAAGGAAAUAUUUAGACCUAAGCUGGCUCUCUUGUCCUCCGAGACACAGCGGUCUGUCUAGCGAGGAACGAGUUGGCCAGACAAAUACAGGCACGUGCGCCAAGACUACGCCGUUGCAACCUAGGCAAAAAGAGGACCAGCGCUACCCCGGACUCUGACCCUGUGUCGGCGAUAGGGGCAUAUCCUAGACACUGCUUUCACAGAUGUUGAUUGUCUUUGGAUGAUCACAACUACCAUCGAGGAGAAGAGUUCCAGAACAUUGCCGAUCUACUCCAGGCCCUGUGAAGAGAGACAUGAGAGACUUGGAAGAAUUUGAAAACCCUAUCAAAUUUUUUGCAAGAGAUGGCGGCGACCCCGGAAUCGCGAUGGUCUUUCCGGGGAACUCCAAGCUUGGUCGCAGUUGUGUUUCGUUUUGAGCUGAUGUUCACAAACAUUAUCAUUUGGCAGCCAAAUUCGAAACUUGAGUACCGAGAACCACAUACGAAAUGGCGCUCCGCUCAGAUUAUGUGACACUAAGUUUCGCCAGUCCAUCACGAGGCAGAGUGUCUGUAAUUAUCACUGGCUGGGUGGUACAGCCGCUUACUACAAUUGCCAUUCUGCCGAAAUGAGAUUUGACGCUGAGCUCGAGUAUUAGUACUUAUACUGUAUUAGUGGAAUGGAGUGCGGCGGCCGAUGCAGCGGCGCAAAGGGACCUGCCCUGCCUGCCCUGCCUGCCUGCCUCCCUGCCUGCCAAGAGUGUGGGAGUACUGCGCUGUCAGCCCCUCUGCCUCUGCCUCUGCCCCUGCCCCUGUCUCGACUCUCAACGUUCGGAUGCCGAAACCAAAAGUCCCCCAACAAACCUCCGAACACAUAACAUCAUCUCACAUCUCACUCGGACACAUUCUCACCCUCCUUUAUAAACUUCAACAUCUCCUCCCUCGAUUCCCUCGUCUUGGACAUGUACGCAUCUCAUGGACAGCCACUUCGAAAACGUUGCUGCGCGAUCAUUGAAGCUACUCAGGGGCUUCAAGAAAAACAAACAGGGACCACACGUGACGCUCAACGGAUUUCCACCGAGGGAGACUCACCGCAAAAAUGGACGACUCCAUGCCUCAGGAUGAAUAUUUCGAGUGGGAGGAUAUCGUCCUCUAUCACGCCCCAUACGAGGUGACAGAGAAUGGGCAAGAAUGCCAAACUCUGGAGUACCGGAGAACCUUGACGCAUACCCUCGAGGAGAGCGACAGCGACAGCGACGAUUUCCAAUGGGGCGACAGCGAGAAUGGAAAUGAGAGGAGCGCAUCGUCAUCGACCACUUCAAUACAGACAUCAUUCACAUUCAAAUCAUUCCGCGACUCAGAAAAGAAAGAAUCGCCAAUCGACUUUCCUUCCUAUGAAGGGAAUAUAGAAAUCGGCAUCGGACUCGGAGCACUCAAAACAUUACCCCCGAUUGGCGAAGAGAUAUCAUUAUCGGAGCCACCGAAAGCAGAUCAGAAGAUCCAGUCUAAUGCGGCUCCAACUUUCGAGAGAUCUACAGUUCCAGAGACGAGGGAUUGUUCCGUGGUUUGUUUGCAGCCGUGCGAAAACGUCAACUACCUUGUUCAUCAGUGGCAAGAAGACGAUGUUUCUGCCUCCUGGAAACACCUAGUGACCAAGCGCAAGACCUGGAGAGAUAUCUCACUACUUGAUCAUUCUUCAUGGAAACGCCAUAACACAGUUUCGCGACUGGAGAAUGCGUCGUGGAGGACAUGGUCAAAGUUACGAUUUGGGCUCAAGACCGUGUCCCCACAGACUAUCAACUGGCUGAAGCACUGUGAUGACACAUGCCUAUACGGACCGUUCUCCGUCAAUUCGAGGUCAUGGGAGACUUCACCCCCACGGUCCUUAUCAUCCUCAUCGACAUCACGUGCCGUCCGGACUCCGAAGAGCAAAUCGGAGGCAUGUACCACCACACCGGCGUCGAUCUUGAAGAAGCCCAGUAUAGGCGAUAUCUUACGCCGUGGCUCUUUACCUUCCUAUAGCGUCCCUUCAUCGUCAUCGACGCUCUCAUUUACUUCAGUCCAAGGCUGUUCGCUAAGCGACAACUCUCCGCUAGCCCAUCUCCAAACAUCACACCAACACGUCGAGUUCACCGCGUCAAUACCGACGCUUGGUAGCUCCCAACCAAAGAAGAACGUCAAAUUCCUCUCAGAAGUCAGACAAUACAUUAUCGUCAACCCCAUCGGUGACAGGAAGAUCCAUCGAACGGUCAAGAAGACAAGAUCAAAGACUUUAGACGAAGAAGCUUAUUUCCUAGAAUCAGAACCAGCAGAGCUCGUUAGCGAACAAAGCUACUGGAGUCCGGAUAGUCUGUGGUCAUACAACCAGCCACAGACUCAAUCUCAGAAGCAGAGUCCGAGCCAGAAUACCAAGGAGCAGAAAGACGUGGAAUGGUCUUGGCUUGGCAUCGUGGGCGAAGAAGAGACGGAUUACUUCUCCUCCAAGCCCCACUCCACCACCGUCGGAUCUCUAUAUCCCUACACUCAGCCCACAAACUCUCCGAACCCAUCACCAUCAGACAUCGGCGAAGGCUCAUUAAGCUACUACUAUGGAACCAGCGCCAAUACUGGUAACGCCGAUCCCGUGAAUACGGAUACAGUCGACGAUCCAAUCGACUACAUGCUCUCCUGCACGCCGCCUGGUUCCGACUCCGAAACUCUAGGUAUUGGGUCUAUGUCUCCGGAUUCUUCAUCCUCGACAUCGGAUGAGCAUAGCAGUGGUUCGGACGAGAGUUCCGAUGAUGAGACGCCACCUCCUGUUGAGUCUGACGUGGGUGGAGGAGGAGGAGAGGUCAAGAUUGGGAGGCCAGUUAGAGGGUUUGGAGUUGAUGGGUUGGUGGUGGGACGAGGUGUGGGUGUGGGUGUGGGAUUUGGUGUGGGUAUGGGUAUGGGUAUUGGGAUUGUGGAUGAUGAGAAGCAUCGGUUGUAUGAGCAGGUUAUGGAGGAGUUUAACUUGGAGUAUUGAGCUUGGAGGAGGGAGGAAAGGGUGAAGGGGGAGGACGGGAGAUUGACGCGACGAUGAUGUUGCAGCUGCAUUUACAUUUUUGCAUAGCGCUUGGUGUGUGGGUUGGUGGGAUUUUUGCAUUAUACCUUUUGCUUACUUGUUUGAUUGUUUGAUUGUUCGCAAGGACACAACACAACACAACACAAUAUCACAUCUUAACGUAUAUCAUGUUAUGUCAUGUCAUGUAUUCACGACCAUGCUACCUACGCCAUAUGAAGAAUAACAUACCAAUACCAAUACCAAUACACAACACCAAACUCAAAAACUCAAAACUUCAAGCCGAAACUCCCUUCCUUCUUUCCAUCUCCAUCUCCAUCUCCUUCUC